AAUGUUUGUUACUAGUGUUUAAAUUUACUGUCGUGUUCCGACCCGCUCUCUCUGGAUUCGUAGCUCGUGCUAAUCAUGACGCUGGUGAAGAGUGUGGUUAAGCGAAAACGCGUGUCAGCCAAGCGUCAGUAUCACCAUCUGAAGUUUAUAGCCAAAGUAAAUAAACAGCGUAAGAAGGAGGGAAAAGACCCAUUGCCUGGAUUAAGGACUCCUAAACCUGAAAAAUUAGCGGAGAAACCCAAAGCACGAUUUCCGUGUAGUUAUGUAAGACAACAGGAGAAACGGAAGCUACGUCUGCGAAAAACGAAGUGCUUUUCUCAGCACGUUCGGAAGAUUCGUUCCAGCGUACAGCCAGGAACUAUACUCAUCCUGCUUGCCGGACCGCACAAAGGCAAGCGUGUUGUCUUCCUAAAAGCUUUAAAGAGUGGGUUGCUGCUUGUCACAGGACCUUUUAAGUAUAAUGGUGUUCCACUUCGGAGAGUAGAUCAGUGUUACGUAAUUGCAACAUCAACUCGGAUUAAUAUUUCGGAGUUUGAGUUACCCAAGCACAUCGAUGAUGAAUACUUCCGGCGUGUCGAUCUUAAAGAGCACAAAACAGAGGCCGAGAAACUGUUCAGUACUGAGACAAAGAAAUACACUGUUAGUGACACUCGAAAGGAAGACCAAAAAAUUGUGGACAAGCAAAUUCGUGCAUCGAUUAAAAGUCACCUCGAUUCGAAGAUUUUGCACGCUUACCUGCGUUCACUUUUUUCAUUAGGCAAAAGGGAUUAUCCACACAAAAUGAUUUUCUAAUGUAAUUUUACAAUAAAUGCUAGUCAGGAAAAUUUCUUUUGUCUACCGAUUUAUGUUCGAUCCUUAGUAUUUUGUGCCUUGAUUUCGAGGAAGUUUGUGGGCUUCUGUUAUUAUCGAACUUUAUAUGUUUCUGCGAUUUAAAUCCCAUGCGCUAUUCGUUUGCCGUUUCGAACACUUAGUCUCUACUAACUCUAGCCUAUUUUUUUAUAAACUUCGACUUCGUGGCAGUUUCAGCACUACAAGAAACGACACGUAUCAUUCCCGCAGCAUCGAUGGUUUCAUGUAUGCUGAUAAUUGUGCAUCUUAGGGAUUUUCCGAGUUUACCUGAUUUGGAAUAAGGCACCAUGCCUUUUCUAGUAUUCAGUACCUUCUCUAUUUGAAGGUCCAUGACUUGCGCGGUCUGGCAUUCCUUUUUUAUCCUCUGAUAAAUAAUGAAGUGUCUCGUUUAGUUGAAAUGGAGUUGGUGUAGUUGUGGACUUUUUGCGAGGUUUGUCCCGUGAAAUGCAGAACUUACGGUCACAUAUCAUCAUGGUGACCACGUCGAGUCAGCAAGGAGACGCAACAAGUCCGAAUUGCUGGGAUGAGGUCUCUUUUAGCUGUACCCUAAAGGUUUAGGUGUUCACCCUGUAUAUUCCGUCUUGACAUAAAGGCGCUAGUGGAAGUCCUCUCUAUAGUAGUACCCUGCCAUUAGUGUCUGGUUUACUAUUGGACUUUAAUGACUGCAUACUACUGUUAUCUUUUUCGUGAAUAAACCGUCUUAAGACGUUACAUGUUUCAUUUUUCUAUUAUUCGGUUACGUAGCAACUAGUUCCCGGUUUCUUUACUUAUUUCUGCUUGUAGUUACAUCGUUCUGUGAGGUGAGAAGAUUAUGAUAUCAGUAUUGUGAUUAGUUCAAAGUUCUUACGACUGAUUCACCGAAUAGCCUUAAGAUUUCAUAUAGCAACCUUGUCUCAAUCCACCAAUUUAUCCGCGUAAACAGAAUAUCGUGUAAAAAUGUAGAUAGUCUUCGUAUAAAUAUCCAAAGGGAAAGCACGUUCGUUGUCAAAGAGGCUUUUGCAGAAACUGGACAUUUGUAUUUUCAGUCGUUUUGUAAAUGCUUACUAACUGGGAAGUUUCAGUACGGGGUUUAUGAAGUUCAAAUCGAAAUUUGGUUAGGGAUUGGUGGUUUUAUCACAUCCGUGUGGAUUCAUUUCCUAGUUUGUUGAUCUGUUUAGUUUAUCGGUAAGGAUAUCCGAGAAAUUGCGUGACAUGAACAGAAUAUCUAGGAGGAGUUACUGCGAAAUUUAUUACUAAAAAAAUAACCUGAAUAGCAUAGUUUGGGUUUGAGGACUGUUACUUCUUUUCAACACAACUUAAAUGUGCUAAUUCCAUCUUUUUCUUAGAUCUGUAUCACCAUACUUGAUGGUUUGGUGUGACUGCUAAAAGUUCAAAUAUAUAUUGACAGUUUGCAAAUGAAACGUUUAUUAUGUGG